AACCCUGUAUAUUGUAGAAACCACUUCAAGCCAGGGGAUGCAGCAGCACCCCUAGUUCGAGCACCUAUGCAAACAUCCUUCAUUAAAUGAGGCCUAUUGGAUAGGCCCGCUAUUUUUUAUUAUCAUAAUUAUCAUUAAAAGCUCGAACAGUCAUUACAAAACUCCCAUUUUGCUCGGUAUGCUAACUUCUCAACACAGAGCAGUUCUGGGAGAAAGAGAAGAGAAAGUGGAUUCAAAUGGUAAAGCAAUUCAUGAAGAUUAGAUUUCCACUUCACACCUACCAAUAACAAAAUCGGUCACAAUUCCCCCCUGUAGUCUGUGUGUAUUUCCCCUCCUUCCGUCUCCUUGUCUGAGUUUCCUCUCAGAGGCCUACUUGAGCGUAUACGAGCCAAUCAGCAGUUCGCCUAGAGGCUACAGCAACUGCACGCAAAUUAGCAGCGUUACAACGGUGAGAUGCCUUAGUUCUUAGCGAUGUCGCUAAAUCUUAAAUUCUCCUUAAAUAACCAAGAUGUUAAAAUUCGCCCAGUCUAGAGUAAACUCGAAGUUCACGAACCCGACCUGUCUGUUUAACCACAGCGUGCGGAUGCGAGGCGUCUGUCCCCCCAGGCCGAUAAAGUGUUUCGAUAUUAACUUAAGGAUAGAAAGUCACCGGAAACUAGCUACAGCCACGGACAAGAAGGUGAAGUCAUUCCCUCGGGCGGAGUCCUCGGAGGCUCCAUUGAUACCCUCCGCAGCCAAUCACAACCCCGGCACCGCUGCGCCUGCAUUCAGAUGAGGAAUGCUGGCAAACCCAACGUUCCAAAUCGGAACGCUCGGCGCAGGGGUCCCAGGGAUGUAAUUAGCUGCUGCGAAGAUGAAUACAGCUGAAUCACAUGAUUUUGGAAGGCACUUCUUAGAUGAUACAAAGCAGAGCCGGCGAAAUUCCUCAUUUAGAGACUGGACUGAAUCUGUAUCCGUCGGAAAGCAGCAUUUUGCGAGGCAGGGCUCCCAGCAAGAAGGGGGGGAGGAAGGCAGAGCACUAGAGUGUCUAAGGGACCAGGUCUCUCCUCGGGAAGAAAGACAGUUGAGAAGGGAAGGGAGGUGCCUCAGCACAAGAAAACGACCCAGGCAAGGCGAGAGAUCCCAGCACCCGAGCGGGAAACCAGCAGGAAAAAAGCUCUUUUCGCUCCCACGGGGGCUGCUGUGUGCUUCUUGAAUCCACGGCAGGAAAACAAUAAGCCCAGGAGGCGGAGAAAGCAGGGCGGGGACCCGCCAGCAAAUCACCUCGGCCUCCUCCGCAGUCCGCCCAGCUCCCAUCGGGCAGGAGGGGGCUUGGCGGAGGCGGGGCUCCUACGAGACUCGCGUCGGGCUUGUUGGACGGGCUCGGCCAGCCAAUGGGAGCCGGGUGGGCGAGUGCGGAGCUGAGAUUGAUUGGCUGGCCGGGGCGCCGUGCGGGAGAGGCGCCCGCCGAGCCCGAGAGCUCCGCGCGUCCCGAGGGCGGGGGGCGAGCCUCACUCUUUGUGUUUGUGUCUCUCCCCGCAAUGCCGCGCUGCCCGGCUGCGCCCGCUCCCGCCUGGCCUGCCGCCGGCCUCUCCCCGCCGUGGGGCUGAAGGAGGAAGCGGAGGAAGCGAGGAGGCCGGCUCGCCUGCCCAUGCAGCAGCCCCGUCCCGCCGCCGCCGGAGUCCCGCAGACCUGCAUGGACGGGCAUGGGGAGAGCAGCACCUUCCUGCGCCGCCGCCGCCGCCGGGGCUGAGCAACGCCACCGCCGGCUGCACCCGCCGCCGCUGGCCGCCCUGUUUCUCCUCUUCAACGUCGGGCUGCUGCUGCGCACAGGUGACUGCCAGCUGCAAACACCAUGUCGAAUCCAAAAGUGCACCACAGACUUUGUGUCAUUAACUUCGCAUCUAAACUCUGCUCUUGAUGGCUUUGAUUUGGAGUUCUGCAAAGCCCUGCGGGCAUAUUCUGCCUGCACCUAUCGCAAUUCCAAAGUCUGUCGUGGAAACCUAGUUUAUCAUUCUGCUGUGCUAGGGAUCAGCGACCUCAUGAGCCAGAGAAACUGCUCCAAGGAUGGGCCAACAUCUUCUACUAACCCUGAAGUUACCCACGACCCCUGUAAUUACAGUGGCCGCAUAGGAGCCAGAGAACUUCGGGGAGGGGAGGAAACCCCUCCUACUUACCUCUUUUGUGGUUUGUUUGGUGAUCCUCACCUUAGGACUUUUAAGGAUCACUUUCAGACAUGCAAAGUGGAAGGUGCCUGGCCUCUCAUAGACAAUAACUACUUAUCAGUGCAAGUGACGAAUGUGCCUCUAGUGCCAGGAUCCAGUGCUACUGCUACAAAUAAGAUAACUAUUAUCUUUAAAUCAUACCAAGACUGCACAGAGCAGAAGGUGUACCAGGCAGUGACUGAUGACCUACCGGCGGCUUUUGUAGAUGGCACAACAAGUGGAGGUGACAGUGACACCAAGAGCUUGCGCAUAGUGGAGAGAGUCAGUGGCAGAUACGUGGAGAUGCACGCCAGGUACAUCGGGGCCACUGUGUUUGUGCGCCAAGUUGGACGUUACCUAACGCUGGCCAUUCGCAUGCCAGAAGAGCUGGCCAUGGCUUAUGAAGAAAGCCAGGACCUCCAGCUGUGUGUGAAUGGCUGCCCCUCAAGUGAACGCAUUGAUGACAGUGGUCACUUACCUUUGCCCGUUAUGGGGCAGCUUCUUCCACAUGCUGCCUCUACUCAGCCCCGGUCUGUGUACACACUGGAGAGUGCCACUACCAAAUGCCAUGAGAAGAUGCUGGUGAAGGACAUCUAUUUUUACUCUUGUGUGUUUGAUCUGCUCACCACUGGUGAUGCUAACUUCACGGCAGCAGCGCAUAGUGCCUUGCAAGACGUAGAGGCACUGCACCCCAGGAAAGAGCGCUGGCACAUCUUCCCCAACAGUGGAAAUGGUGACAUGGGCAAAAAUAGCAAAUUGUCCGUUAGUCUUGGACUUGUGUGCUUAAUCCUUCUUGCGUUUUUGUAGGGUUUUUUGUCUAUAACAAAGUUUUAAAAUAUAUAUUGUCAUAAUAUAUUGAGUAAAGCUAAGAGUAUAUAUGUAUAUACCAUGUAUAUGAAGGGAUGUUUGUCUUGGGACACCCGCCAGAUUGUACAUAUCGUGUUUCUGUUUUACAUGUAUGUUGGAUGUAGUAUUCUUUGAUUGUAUCAAUUUGUUUUGCAGUUGGUGAAAUGUUUUAUAAUGUCCCUGCAUUGGGACCUCAUAGAAAGCACUUUAUUUUUUAUAUAUGAAAUAUUUAUGUGUGUAUCUGGGUAAUAUGUAUAAUAUACAUGUACAUACACCACACCCAGUGCUCCCUCUAAGUAUUACAUAGUUUAACAAACUUUUAUAUGUAAGUACUUUUUCUAUGUUCCUCUUCUUCCGAUCCUUAAUUUCCUCCCAAGACUACCAGUCAUUCUACUGUGAAUACAGCACUAACUUGCUGUUCUCUCUAAGUGGAUCAUUCAGAACUGAGUCUGCUUAUGAUUUAUACAGCAAUGUGCUGUAUGUAGAACAGUCUUGGAUGUUUCUCUAGCUCACUUGACAGGUUUUAAUUGUAUAGCAGGAUGUUCAAUAUUGUCCUUCCCUCAAGACCAUUAGUUUUAUUCUGUGAAUGAGUUGAAAUUGAGGGAUCAUUUGGUUGCCUAGGCUCAAGGAGAGCACCUGAGAUUUUUUUAAUUGCCUAGGCUGUAUCACUGUAGGAUAUCAAGGAGCAUGCUAGGAGAUUUUCCCUACGAGGGCACCCUACCUAAACACACUUUUCCUUAACAGUCCCUGUCACAGCUGUCCACCUUCUCUUGGGGCUGACUGAUAGCUGCAGUGUGAAUCUAAUCAGCUAAGUGACCCAAGAAAUUCCCUUCCAUAAGCAGUGCAUCUACCAAAUGUGUUAGAAUAUAGGGAGAGGGAGAUUUCAACAGAGUCCUCAUGCAUGGUAGGGAUAAAGUUCAACCAUUAGGUCACUGAAUCAAUCUAGUGCCUUAAAUUAUUGCAAGAAAGAGGUAACAUCUUACACAGUAAAGAUUUUCAACAGUAAAAAUACCCACAUGUGCGUCCCCCCCCCCCCACUGUCAUGAUUGCUAAUUGGUCUAAGUGUUUGUUUUUCUCUUGGAAACAGUGUAGCCUAGAUUAGUGUCUCUAGCAUUCCAAGGGUAUGUCUGCACUGCAUUUUAAAGCCUAUGGCAAGGAGGCUCGGAGCCCAGGUCUACAGACUCGGGCUUGGGGGGUCACUCUGUGGCGCUUAAAACCGUAGUGUUCUGAAACCCACUCACCUCCAGGCUUCAGAGCCUGAGCUCCAGACCUAAGCCUGAAUGUUUGUGACUAUUUUUAGUUCUGUAAUGUGAGCCCCAGUCUAUAGACCUAGGCACUGUGGCAGGUUGAUGGGGGGUGAUUGUGGGUUUUUGUGGGGUGGGAGUGUUGUGUAUACAUGAAUAACAGACUGGACUAGUCCUUGCUUUCAUUACUCUAAAGUUCAGUAAGUAAACUUUACAGUGUUUGUUGGGUAGUGUGAGAGGUGGUACUUGAAAGUUAAAUCUCUCCUCUUUUUGCAUGGAAUGAUGAAGGGCUAGACAGGUUAAGGAUGGUCUCCUUUUAGCAAUUGCUGGGACUCUCUGUUGGCAGAAAGACUUAACUUGACACUGGAAUGGGUGGAAGAUUUACGUGCCACUUACAUUGGGCUGGGAAUGCUGUUUUGAAAACCAAUUAAAUUAGCUUGGUUUGGCUAGCCAGUGUGGAAGGCAGAAUGCUGUACUAGACAAGAACACUCUAAUCUGUUCACAUAGUUUGCCCCAUCCUUUCUGCCUGGCCACACUGUUUAAACUGAGUUAGCUGGAAAUGGUUUUCCAACUGCUCUAGGUAGUGUGGUUUCUGGCCUACUGUAGAAUUAGGUAGAGGAAGGGAGCUUUCCUGUUUUGCUGCUCUAAUGUGUCUGGGGGAAACCCUUGUAUUUUGGGUGGCUGAAUUUCCCCAUUAGUGCACUGAGUUUUAAAAAAAUUGUGGUGGCUAGAGUUGCUGCCCCAGUACAAGUACAUAGUAAAUGAUGCAGUCUACUAGCUAGUUCCCUGUGCCCCCAGUCCCACAAAUACUUGUGUGUGUGUGUGUGUGUGUGUAUACACUAGUAGUGAAUUGUGAGCCCCAUAGACAAGUAAAAUUUCAGAAAUGUUGUGCUUCCUUCAAUGCGUUUUCUUGUUCCUGCUGUGGGAUUUCUUGAGGAAAAUGUUAUUUGCACAUGUUGGUUUUUGAAGUCCACACUAGCCAAAAGAUCUUUAUUUAAUGCCAAACAUCUGGAUAUUUUGAAGCUUAGUGAAUGGUCUCGGGGGAGAGCUUACGCUUAGAGGGAACACUGGUUUUCACAGACACUCCAAAUGGCUGUCUUUUAAAAAAGGCUUCAAAUUUUAUUUUUAUGCUUGGAAACCCCACAAUGUGUCAGUCUUUGCAAAACCUUCUAGAUGUGGUUCAUGGAUAUACCAGUAAGUAUAUGUUUGUGUAAAAGAGUGACUGUGCAGUGUGUAAAUACUUUAAAUUAUUAUGAUAGAAAAAUAAAGUUACAUACCAUGCUGUGGAAUGUUUGUAAUGUGGUAUUAGUGACCCCUGGUGGUUUGACAGAGAAACUUGGGUACAUGUAGUUAAAGUAGCUGGUAACCCUUAAACCAAAGCCCUGUAUUUAUUUUCUGCUAGUACAAGACUGUGCCGUACACAAUCUCCAUGCUCCCUUACACAAUUUAUAAGAGGCAAAUAAAUUAGCAAGUGUAGUGAAAUUUAUAAUCAGUAAUAGCAAAACAGGCCAAUUUAAAUGAGUGAAUAGUGUGUGUGGCAGCUGAUCUCUGGAAACAUCCACUUAGCAUCUCACUUAUGUAUACUCUUUCCCUGCACUGUGUGGGGAGACAUUUGGCAAAUUGUAAAUCCAGUGGUUUCCUUUUGCUGCUUCUGUUUGAGUAAGAUUUAUCAAGUCCAUCAGUGUUUCCUAUCCUGCAGCUAUGCAGUGUCUACCAAAUCAGGAGAACCUUUGAAAGAUGUAGAAAAUCCACCACUAACUGUAUACGGAUGUUUACAUUUACAAAAUGUCCAACUCUGGAUUUUACAUAAGUUCACGGUAUUCUGUGAAAAUGAUUUACUAAACAGUCAUGGAAACAUAAUAUAUUAGCUACAGAGCUAAUACUAUGUUGCACCAAGCUUGGUUAUAUUUGAAGCAUUAAAAAAAGUGAAUGUCUUCUGGUACUACUCACUAGGGCUGAAAAGUAACAUCUAAUAAAUGGCAAAUGCCCCAUUUAGAAGAGCUAUAGAUGGAGACUUUAAAUGUACAUGUGCCACUACAGGGGCAGCACUAGAGUAUAGUUGCAAAUGUGCAUGACUUACCACUACUAGAUUUGUAGAAGGUCAUACAUAA